AUGGAAGACCAGAAUAUGGACUCAUCGAGCAAGGUCCUGCAUUUUCAGGGCUCUCGCAGCACUUCGCCUGAGCAGCGCAACCCUUCAGGUACCCUUCCUCCUCAAGCUGCCGAAGCCCCCGAGUUCGUCCCAGGUGGGUCAACUCAUCACUCUGUGUCACCUCAGCAUACUAACUACCAGCAAGGUGACCAGAAGACUUCCGACACCAGCCCCGAAAAGGGAAAGUCCCCCAAGAAGAAGCUGAAGAAGCUCAAAAAGGCUGAGAAGAGGGCCGAGGACAAGGCUCAGAAGGAGAGGGCGAUGGAGGAGGAGUGGUGGAGUGGUGAUGACGUUCUCGUCCCCAAUCUGAAGUAG